AUGGAAACAAAGUAUAUCUUCUGCGCCAUCGUUGGCGGCGGCAUGUCAGGCGUGUCUCUGGCCCAGGCAUUUCUCCGCAAGUCAGUCUUGAAAAGAGAUGAGUUUAUUAUCUUGGACAAGAAUGCAGACUAUGGCGGAGUCUGGGAGAGCAACACAUAUCCUGGGGUCGCCUGCGACAUCCCCAGUCAUGCUUAUGUCAUGCGGUAUAGUCUGAACCCUGAUUGGACAAUGAAAUACUCCGAGGGAAAAGAAAUCCAGCAGUACUAUGCAGGUAUCGCUGAUCGCAGCAAUUUGCGCCAGUUGACAUACUUCCAUACUCUAGUUAUCUCUGCCACUUGGAACGAGAGCGCUGCGCUUUGGGAGAUCCUAGUGGAGAAUUCGGAGACCAAGAAGCGAGUGCUAUGGAAAGCCAAUGUGCUGUAUAAUUGUGGUGGCAGUUUUUAUCGCGCCAAAUACGCGUCGAUUCCUGGAAUUGAAAACUUCAAGGGUCAACAAUGGCACACUACGGCCUGGCCGAAGGAUGCUGACCUGACUGGAAAAACCGUGGCUAUUCUCGGCACUGGUCCUAGUGCUGCCCAGGUGGCUCCAAGUAUCCAACCGAUUGUCAAGAAGCUUUACAUGUACCAACGAAGCUCUGGUCAUGUUCUUCCCCGCAAUAACCAUCAGCAGCCCAUGUGGAAACGUCUUCUGUUCCGAUACUGCUGGCCUAUCCUGUGGCUCUACCAUGUGUGGUUUUGCAUCAGCGCUGAAUUCACAAAGCCAAUGUUUAUCAAAGGAACCAAGCAAAAUACCGAGAUUGGAAACCAAGCUCUUGCAUUUCUCGAUGAGCAAAUUAAAGAUCCGGUUCUGAAAGAAAAAUUGCGCCCCAAGGUUGCCUUUGGUUGCAAGCGGCCCCUGUUCUUGGAUAAUUGGUAUCCUAUGUUUACCAAGCCGAACGUGGAGCUGAUCACGGAAAAGCCUAUCAAGUUCACCGAGAAAGGCUUGGUAUCCAAACACCCAGACAAAAUCACCGAAGAGGAGCGCGGGGAAAUGCCGGUUGGAUCAUACCAGCGCCCAACGACGGUAACUGACGAUGAGGUGGAGAGAGAGUUCGAUGUUUUGAUUUGGGGCACUGGAUUUGACAUGAACAAUUGGGGCGGCCAUUUCGAUAUAUUCGGUCUCAACAACGUGAAGCUUUCAAAGCUUUGGGGUGACUUUCCCCGGGCAUACUGGGGAGUGGCUGUCAGUGGUUUCCCUAACUAUUUCCUGAUUCAAGGCCCAAAUUCCGGAAACUACUGGGCCAGUGGACCCACCGUCACGGAAUUCCAAGUCAAUUACCACUGCAAAAUGAUCAAGCGAAUCAAGAACGAGUGCAAGAAUGGGAAGUAUGCUUUGCAUCCCGACUAUAAGGUUCAGAAGGAGUACACGGAUUGGUUGUUCGAAAACCAAGGCACUCCUGCUUUUCUGGCACCGGAAUGUGCAACCUAUCAUAAGAGCCCAUCUGGUGCAACUCCAAUGCACAAUCAUCACCGCAUGCCAACGACAUGGUGGAAGCUUCGAUCGCCGGACAUGAAGGAGUUCAAGGAAAUUCGUCUUCCGAUGGGCAAGGAUAUUUAGUUGGGUUGGCAUAUCUGUCAAGACAAAAGUCUGCCUUUGCCUCCAGUUGUCUGAAUAGUGACUGUCACGUAUUUCCUAGCUAUCUCAUGAUAAAUUCAAUGCCG